UAGUAUGUCUAAGUAUGACUUAAAUAAGAGGUAAAAGAAAGCCUUCCAUGACCAUCCAAUAGGAAAGAGAAAAAGGGAAAGCAAAGAUGCUCCCAUUGAAGCUGGUACGCUCUCUGGUCUUAGGAGAAACCAUUAACAACCCUCUCUGUUUAACCCAACAACACACUCACCUUGACCACAAUGAUGUUGAUACUAAUGAUGAUGAAGAUGACGACGAUGAUGAUGAUGAUGAAGCCAAUAAUGCCAUUCCUCACCACAAACAAACAAGAGGAAGAAGAAGAAAAACCAGCACUGACAAAAACAGCAAAACAAAAAAGACUCCAUUUUUGUUGUUCUUACCAACAAAAGAGCUCAUCACUGACACAUACAGACUUGCCACCAUAGCCAGAGACAUGGGCAUGGACUUACACCCAACCCCAUCUCUCUCUCACAUCAUCUUCUCGUACCCAUCAUCACCAUCACCAUCAACAUCAGCUUCCUCUUCUUCUUCUUCAACACCAUCACCUUCAUCACCAUUCCCCAUAUCAUGGUCAUGGUCAUCCUCAUCACUUUCAUCAUCUUUCUUGCCAAACGAUGCCGUUCCUCUCCCAUUUCCUUCACUCACCACAGCUUCUCUCACCCAUCUCCGCUCUUUUGCUACUCUCUCCAAAGGGCUUUUCAAACUAGCCUUUGCCAACUACACCACCAAAGCAACAAUUGCUGACACCACUAGUAAUUGGGACUGUUGCUCUGUGUCUCUGUUUUCCAGGCUCACCAGUGACCGAGUAGACACCAUGGAUGCGUUUUCUCGAGCUUUGGCUGGAAUGGGUUGGACUCUUUUCAAGACCAAGCAAAACCCAUCUCAGGAUUCAAAGGAAAAGCGGGUUUGGGGUGGCAAUUCGGUGUUUUUGUUCAGGAAGGUCGAGUCGAACCGGGUUCGGGCGGGUCGGGUGAAUGAAUGUAGAAUAAGGGAGUUGAGGUUGCCCCCGUUGGAUUUUAGGAAUGCCCCUUUGAGGAUUUUGCAGUACAUUCUUCUAAUGACUGAUGAUAUCUUCUAUCUGUCAUGAUAUACCGGGUUUCAUUCUCAAGGGAAUUUGAUAUGUCGGAAGAGUGAACAAGACAAGGUGGAGAAGAAAAUUUGGUUCUAUCUGAAAUUUGGAGUAAUUUCAUCCCCCAACUAGCUUGAACUAGAGUAACUAACAGUGUUUCUUCUUCACCCACUUUUUUUUUUUUUUUGGGUAUAUUUUCCCCAUUUCUUUCAUGUUAAUGACGGGGGUUAAUUAUCUAAUGCUUCUCAAUCGGAUGGGCUUCAGUACUUUACAUUAACUUAUGGACCUGAAUGAUGUAUAUAUGUCUUUUUUUUAGUCAUUUCCUAAUCUUUUUCCCUCUCGUUUUUUACUAUUGCAAUAUGUAAGAUGUACAACCUUUUUGA